GUAAAAGGACAAUCUGUUCGUUGUGGACCCACGACGGAGCAGCAAGUGAUCAGCUAUAAACCACGGUGAAAUUAAUUUCCAUAAUACUGUUAAUGUGGUGUUUACAACAUUAUCGUUUUCAUUUCGUUUUUACCGCGGCAACCGCAAACGCAACAGCAACAUAACGUAGUGCUGCCGAAAGCGAUUUAAUCACAAUAAUGCAAUAUGAAUAUUGUUUUUUGGUAAGUAGAUUUUCGCGAUUAUUUCCAGACAAUAUAAUUAAUCAGAAUAGUCUGCGAUUUUGAUAGUAUUAUACUAUAUAAAGACGAUUAUUCUAUUGUAUUUCAACGCGAUCGUUAUUGUGUUGCGUGCGUUUCGAACGUAAUAAUAUUCGAGACUGUUUACCGCCGUUUCAAAAUUUAACUUAAUCCCAACAUUUUACUGAGUAAAAAAAAAAAAAAUGUGUUGAAGUUAAAAACGUGUUUUUCUCUGUGCUUUGAAAAAAAGCGGCUUUUCUGUUUUUUUUCCCCGUAUCCUUUUAACCAAAUAUCGAAUAAAUCGGGACUAUUAAGUGAAUUGGAUAAUUAAAGUAUGUGUACUUUUUUAUUUGUACAGCAGACCCAUAUUUAUAUACCAUUAAUUAACAUUUUUUAAAACAUAAACUUAUGACCGUCUUUUAAAGUUUUUAGUAAAUUUCAAAAUAUCGAAAUCAAAUACUUCCGUUUUCAAAUAAUUUUACAAAUUUGUACUACAUUGUACACCACUACACUACACUACACUGCAGUUACACAACAGAUUCAAUAAUUAUCAAAAUGCAGACUUCAAUAUUACAAGUAUAAUAAUGUGUUUAUUUUGAAAGCGGUAAAUUGAGUUUUUAAAAUGGGUCCCGGCUUCGAUUAAUACGUAUGCCUCCUGUUAUUAUUAUUAACUAUCUAUAUUAUAUUAUGAACUGGAAAGUUAUACUCAAAUUAUUAUAACUGUAAUAUUGAACAUUGAAUAUUCAAACAUUAUUUGUUUCUGUAGUGUAAAUGCAGUGUGGUAUAGUGGCUUACAAUAUAGUACAAUUAUUAUUUGAAAACGGAACUAAUGGCUAUCGAAAAAACUAAAAACUUUAAAAGACGGUCAUAAGUUUAUAUUUUAAAAAAUGUUAAAUAAUAGUAUACAAAGAUGUGUCUGUUGUAAAAUUACACGUACUUUAGUGGUUUUUGUUUUUUUUAACACUCAAAACGAAGUUUAUACUGAGAUUCUGAAAGUUUAAAAUCACAAAAAACCUAACUAAAUACAUUAUUUAUUUGACUUCUAAUGGAGUUUUAUGAGAUAUUUAAAAAAAAAAAAAAACACGUCUAUAGUUUGUUUUACCUAAUACCUUUUUUUCCGGGAUCCAAUCAACCGAAAAAAGUUCAUUCGGCACCCAAUUUACCAAUCCCGAAAAAAAUUUGAUCGAACGUUUUCUGAAUAAUUUUUGUUCAACUGGUUACUUAAAUAGUACUUAUAUAUACCUAUAGAUCAUAUGAACAUACAAUUUUUCGAAAAAGUCCGACCAAACGCUUGAAAAUAAAAUCUAUACGUGUAGUGUUAAUCGAAUAGUAAAUAGAUAAUCCGAAAUUCUACUGUACGUGAUUAGAAUUCAAAUACUCUGUGCAAAAUCUAUAUAGUUUGAAAAAAAAAAUUUCGCUACCGGCGGAUUUUUAUGUUUUUUUUUACGCUCGUUGUCGUUAAUCCGGAUAAUGUUCUAGACUCAGUCUAGAAGUAUAACUUUUGCAAAAACAAUCCCGUUCGAGCGUCUUUAUGUUGCGUUGUAUACGUUCUAAAAUGAUAUUCGAUGAAAACCUUGCCGACGGAACCCCUUCGGCGUUAGCCUGUUAGAAGUACGUAUAAUAUUUCCAUCGCGUUAAUUUCAUUUCGCGUGUACCCCGGAGUGAUUUUUUUUUAUUUAAUUUUCGGCCAGAUAUCAUAUUAUUUUGUGAAAAUGUUCGUAUACCAAAACGGCCAGACGAAAAUACGGACAAAUAAAUACGAAAAAAAGAAAUGGCCACGAAUAAAUGUUUAAAUUAUAUAUUAUACAAUUAAAUUAAAUUUUUUUCGGGGAUCCAUAAAACGCAAGAACGUAAUCGUUGGUAAAAUAAUGAUAAUCGUUGGGGUUUCUAAAACAUUUUUGUUACUUCGUUUUCACAUCGCACUUUUCCCACCGUUUUGAUUAAAACCCCAGUUUUGAUUAGCACCCCAGUUGGCGAGCGAAGCGAUUUAGCCUCACGUUGGACCGGGAACCAUUGGUUUUUAUCAUUCCGUUUAAACAUCAUUCCCGAACAUUAUAUUUCCGAUGUAUACAGCAACCCUCACAAUUUUUUUCUCAGACCAUUUUUGUAUUUGGCCGUAUUUGCCUCCGGUCAUUUUUAUGCCAUGGUCAUUAUUACCAGCGCAACCGAACAAGUAUUAUUAUACUUGUUCGGUUGUACGUGGUGUUUAUUGAAGCAAGAUUUCUGGUAGAACACAUUUACACAUUUUGUUUUACAACGGAGGUCGAUAAAACCGGGGUGCGUCGUAAAUGUUUGUUAGUUUUCCCAAUAUCUUUUUUUCGGGGUUUUCCCGAUCGUCGUACGGAAACCGGUUGGAAAGUCGUUGAAAAUGGCCUCUCUAAUGCGCCGGCUACCAGUAUCCGAAAUUCAUCGAAACGUGUCUCUUGGGCGUUUUCCGAUUGGGGCGAGAUUUUCGGCGGAAACGUGUUUUACAGAGAGAAAAAAAAAAAGAAACGAAAAACGCGGACGCCGUCACAGUGAAAUCAAAUAAUACCUAAAAUGCUAAUUCGCAACAUUAUUGCCGCAACGGACGAUACCGUUGUGAAAACUAUACCAGGUGUACACCUAUUGAGGAUCACUAUAUCAUUACGAUAUCUAUGUAUACUUUGACGAUAGGAAAAACCAACGAUCGAUAAUUGUUUACGCUCACGUUCAGACGAUCGUUAUUUAUCGACAUUCAAACGUACCUACUCUCUAAAUGGAAAAUUGUACGCAGAAAUGAUGGUUUGUCCGUCAAUUUUCGCGUGUAAUUUAAUGUACGAGUAUUUUGCAAUUUUAACGCCACUUAUAUUCGUGCCGUUUACCUAUGUGUGUAUACGUAUCCGAAAAACCGACCGAUUUCGGUUAAAGCGGUUAUAAUUUAAUGUGUGUGUGUGUGUGUGUGUGUGUGUGUGUGUUAUUGCAGCUGUAUUAUAUUUCACCGGACGAAUUCCGAUUUACAAAUAAUAAUAAUAAAAAAAAAAAAAAAACUAACUCUCUUGUAUUUCAUUAAUAGUCUGUUACAGCGGUAAAGACCAAAAAUCGUCAACGCGUUCGGAAAACGCGAUUCCGUAAUAAAAAAAAAAAAUAAAAAUAUUAUUACAUUUUGUCCUUAGCUCUUUAUAUCGGACGUGAUGUGCGCGUUUGUUUUUCAUUAUUGUUUGUGUGUGUUUUUGUCGGUUUGUCACAUUGAGAUGCGGCACUUUCCCUCGGGCGUCUCAAUCCGAUAAAAUAAUAAUAUAUUAGUGACGGUUUCCAAGACGAAAAGAACGUUGCGCGUGUUGCAGGUGAGGCAGGCGAGGGAAACACACGCGAUAGAUAAUCAAAACGACUGUGUAUACGGAGACAACAAUAAAGAAAAGUAACGUGUCGUUUUCUUGGCCUCGUUUUCUUUUCGAACGCGGUCGCAGUGCGCGCAGGAUAUCGUUGCGUAACUGCAGUAACUGCGCCGUCAAAAACAAAACGAGAAAAAAAUAAAAAUGAAAUAUCUAUGUGCGCAAAAAACCUAACCUUACCUAUACAGCGUGGAUAAAUAUCGGCCGUACUAUGCUUACCGCGCGUUCGGAUGCCGUGUUCGUGAUUAUUGUGUAUCGAAAAUAUUAUGCAUUUCUGUUACAGGUGUUCCUCUCGACCGUGUCCGUCGCGGUGUUGUUCGAAGUCAAAAAAAUAUACGUCAUCGAACGCGAUUUCAAGACAGGUGAACGGUUUAAAAAAUUGUUUGCAUGCGUAUAUUAUAAUAACUCGCAGGGUUCGGGUUACCGUUUGCUUAUAUUUUCGGGCCAUCGUUAAACGUAUAGCGCAUUGCUGUGAGAACCAUAAUUUCGCGUUACGGGUUCAUUAUUAUAUGAAAUUUAAAAUGGGAUUUUUGUUUGCUUUUUUUUUUUUUUUUAAAUAUUUGUCAAGCGCUUAUUUCAAUAAUUAUUAAGCUUAUAAUGUAAUCGUUCAAGCGCUUUUUCGUCGAUUUUUAGUGCAAUAAUUUCCGAAUCCUGAUAACAAUUAUCAUUAUUAUGCAGUCUUACAAUCUCAGAUUAGAGCUCUUGUAAACAAUGUCCUGUCUCAUACACAUACACAAAGUUAUUUUUCCGAAAAAAUUCCAAAGAGUCCAAAUUGUAUUUCUCAUACACGCCUUUUUUUUUUUUUCGCUUUCUUAUUGAAUUUGACUUACAAAUAUUGGGGUGUUAAACCAGUUUUCCAGUUACGAAUCCAGUCGUACGAGUUAAUCCCUUAAAAUAUUGUAUUUAUUAUGUUUCACUAAUAGUGCACAAGUAAGGGAUGGUCAUUCUUCGAGCGUGCAAAGAUCCCGGUUUCUAAACAUAAUUUAAACAAUUAUCUAUAAUCAUUCCAUUUAUACGAUUUUGUACGAUUUUGUACGAUUUUGAAAAAUGAAUUAAAAUCCUUAAAUUGUAAAUAUUCGACGAGACAUUUUUAAAAAUCGUUCAGUACUAUACUUAUAUUUUAGUGCUUAAUUUUUAAAUUUUGUUGUAUUAUAAAUGUAUGUAUAAACGUAUUAUACAAUGCUCUUAUAAUUAAAUAAACAAAAAAAAUAAUAAUAAAUAGCUGUUCCGCCAAAAAAUUUUAAAUUUUGCUGUAUUAUAAAUGUACGUAUACAUGUAUGUAUAAACGUAUUAUACAAUACUCUUAUAAUUAAAUAAACAAAAAAAAAAAAAAAAUAGUUGUUCCGCCAGUCGAUGCCCAGGCCACUUUUUUGUCGAAUGAAAUUUUUAGCAUAAAAAUUAAAAAUUAGUAUCAUAGAAAUAUAUUUUUAUUGCCCACGACUUUACCCGUGUGAAAUUUACAUUUCUGUAAAGUAUAGAGCAAGUGCAUACCUCUAUUUCGGUUCGAAUUAAUGCUCACAGGGAGCCAUUCAUUAAGAAGCUUUUCCACCUUCCUGGGAAUAUCCCAUUUUGGUCUUUGACCGCUCGAUUUAUUACCCUCACUGUUAUGAAACAUUUUUAUCUUCCCGGGAACAUUACUCUAUUAUUACUCCGCUCGCCGUUGGGAAUCUGACGGACAAAUGACUACGACUUAUAUCGAUCCAUGGGGAGCACCUCACUGUGUUGGAUCAUAGCAGAAUUGAAAAUAUUAGGCAUACAAGGGGUGGUUACUACCCCGUGAUUGAAUUUCAAAUGUAACCACUAUAACAACUUUAAUAAAAUAUACGGACGGACGGACGCAAUAAUGGACGGUGAUAUAUGAUUGCGUACGUUUGUACGACUGCGUACGAUUUCUGUAGAUAACUCUUAAAAAUAUUACGAUUGCGCACAAAAAUGAGUGCAAUAUUGCCAACAUACACUAUUCAGUUUCUUUACUAUGCAUCUAUACAAUUGUUAAAUGUACGGAUAAUAUACGAAUACCUAUAGUAGCUAAUAAAUAUAGUAGAUUAACUUUUAUGUAAAAAUCGUGCGUGAAUUAAUAAAAAAUUAUUUUAAGUUAUAUUUUAUCAGGUACUAUUGAAAUAAUACAAUUUUGUAUAGUCAAUUAAAUACAACAUAUCAUUUAUAAUACAAUACAAGUAUAAAUUAUAAAUUUCAUUUUAAAUUUUGAGUGGAGCGAAGAAGCUUAUGGUUUUACAAAGAUAUUUUAUUUUUCUGUGGACAACUUUUUCCUGCCAGAGGACUUGCUCCGAUUUUUACGUAUAGCACCUUUUCUGAAAGGAAACCGGUGUGGAGAGGUACCUUAAAAAGGUAAUUUUUCGGUUUUCUCAUAUAGUUUUCUCAAAAAAUUAAUACGUAUGCAAUCGUAAUAGUGAAAAAUGUCCGUACGCAAUAGUAACGCAUCCAUAUACGGUGUUCUAGACUUUAUUUUUUGUAGAUAGUGUUGUUCUAUAUAUAGAAUUGUAUCGUAUUAACUGAACGCAUUAUAUUUGAGUAAUCGUUAAAAAUAAUCCAUAAAUAUCUUCUUAAGUGACAUUUUCUUUGAAAAAAAAAAAAAAAAAUUAAAUAAAAAUACAGUGAAAACUCUUUAUAACGAAAAACUUUAUGUAACGUAAAAAUUACUUAAUAACGGUUGAUUCUGGUUGGUUUAAUUUAUAAUUCACGCAUGAGUCUUUUAUUGCCUUCUCCAUUGCGAAAACUCUCUAUAGUAAAAAAAAAUCUCUUGGUCCCUUAAGGUUUUCUUACAAGGUGUUAUCACUGUAGUAAUAAAAUAUUAUUGUUACCGCUCGCGGUGAUUUGAUCGUAUAGGUCAAUUGAGAGCACGUCGGCAAAACGUGCCGGUGCAGUCGCACACCGUGGCCCGGAUCGGUGGACUGCAAGACUAUCACCAGCAACAACAGCAGCAGCAACAACAGCAAGGGCUGUUCAACGUGGCCGUAUCACCGCCACCCUUAUUGCAAUCGGCACCGGCGACCGCGCCUUUAGGUGGCCAACCACAACAGCAACAACCGUUGGACUUGGCGACCACGGUGGACUUGACGUCCGACGGCCGGGCAUCGCCGAUCGAUUAUCUGACGCCACCGCCAAACGCCGACUUCCAAUUCCAUAACUUCCAGCCGACGGGCAUCGUCGGCGGUGGCACGGAGUCCGUCCCGACGAUUCGGGCGGCGGAAUCGCAUCAGCUACAGUUCCAGCACAGCGUUCCGGCCGUACAAGCGCCGCCACCGCCGCCUCUCGUACCGUUGACCGUUCCAGCGUCGACGGCGCACACGUCCACCACGUUCACUCCGGGCGGUGGCGGAAGCGGGUUUCCGUCAGUACAAGUGUCCUCGCCCAGUAACCAGGUGCACAGUCUGUCGAUCGCCAACGCACCUCUGCAGGAACAGUUCACGCCAUACACGCCCACGUUACAGCAGACGCAUCACGAGUCCGGGAACGUCCAUCACCAGCAACCGCAAAGUGGUGGCAGCGGCGGACGUUGGGAAUUAGGAUUCGACGCCAGCGACAUACUGACACCUCCGUUCGCCAGCGCUUCGGAACAGUCCUCCGGCUCUGGCGUCUCGCCGUUCUUCCAGCAAGAUUUCCCCGGACAGGAGACCGCAGCAACGGCCGGCUCGGUGCGCAACAACAAACAGUACCCGGGCGGCGGCGGCGGCGGCGGAGCGUUCUUCGGUGGUGGCGGUGGCGGCGGCGGCGGCGGUAGUAACAACGGUAAUUUUGAUACCGCCGUAGCGACCGGCAACAAGUUCACGCCGCUGGACGCCGUCGUACGUACGUCUCCGUCCAACAACAACGGCGUUUACUGGGGCACGCCCAAGACGGCUCAACAACAACCGAUCAGACCUCCGAUAUCGUUUGCCGAGCCCAACCCUUACCGAUACAACCAGAACAACAAUAACAACCACCAUCACCUGCAGCAGCAUCACAGUCAGUACUUGGACGCGUUCCAGAUGCCGUUCACCGGUCAAUUCGACGGACCGCCGCUGUCCCAGGGCACGGUGGCCGAACACGUGGUGCACAGCUCGUUCAGGAUCAAGCGGCAGUUACAUGACGGCAACGACGAGGUUUCGCCGUUAGCCAGAAAGUCGGACGAAGACGACGACGACGAGGGCAGCAGCGGCAGGAGCGCUCAAUUCGGCGACCGGAAACCCGUUUACAGUUUCGUCAAGACCGACAGAAACGGCAAUUUCAAAUGGAGCGUCAGGCACGGGUACUGAAAUAUCAUAGCAGACACCGAGACUACGCCCGCCACCCGAAACGAUCGACUGUUCUUUCGAUAUUAUUAACUAUAAAGUCGUGUAUUAUUUUGUAUUAAAAACGUAUUUAUAUUUAAGAAAUAACGAUAAUAAAAUAUUGAAAAACGAUAAUUUUUUUAUUGUUAUACGCCAUUAGAAAUAAAAUUAUUCUUACG